GCCAAGAUGAGAGGAAGGGAGUUAGUCGAUAUAUUUCUAUUUGUGAUCGGUAUGGAUGGAAUGUUGUUGCCUUCCAGCUCCAAGCAUUUUCCAUAUUUCCAAGAGGAGUUCAGAUUUAAAGAUAUCAUCCGGUUUGUACAUAGCAAUCAAAGUUGUGAUUUUUUUCUACAAGAAAUUCCAUCACUAAUUCGACAAGACAAAUCUGCAUACCAUCAAAAUGAGGAGACUUGCAUACUUCUCACUUCGUUCGACCAUUUGUCAUCAAACGAAAGUCUUCGGCUUAGCGGUGUUGUUGUGAGGCUUUAUGCCAAUGUCAAGAAAUAUGAAUUUUCUGUGAUGUCUAACCAAUGCAAAGGAAACAGCUCAUUCAACGGAAUUCAAAUUCAUGCCUCAUGUCAACUUACAAAAGCACAUAGCGGAAAUAUAUGCGAAGAUGGAAUAGGCUGCAACACUGAAAAAGAAUUCUGCAGAAAGCUAUUUCAGGAUGAAAGUGAAAAAGGACUUUGUAUUGCAAGGCGCAAUCUUUUUGAAUCCUGUGACAAAGAAAUGCUGUGUACACAAACCACUAAAUGCAAAAAUAGGAUCUGCCAUUGCAAGAAAGGAUUUAAAGUCAUCGGUGGUAAAUGCUUGCCUGUUGGGAUGUCUUUGAACGAAUCAUGCUCUCACGACCGUCAGUGCACCGGUACUGCAAACGCUGGGAGGUGUCAACAGAAAAAACAUAUACCAGAUCGUAGUGUCUGUUCCUGCAACCCAGGGUUCUUUCAAAAUGGUUCCAAUUGUUUACAAGGUAGUCGACGCCUUUUCCAAUCUUGUGAAUCACACAAACAAUGUACAGGAAGUUACGGGGCACGGGAGUGUAAGGUCAUCGCUGGUAUACAAAUGUGUCACUGUCCGGAUAAUCAUACAGUCAUUCGAGACGUUUGUAUAAAAGUUGGGUCAGUCAUAGGGGAGUCGUGUACAAUGCAUGAAGAAUGCACCGGUACAAAAAAUGGCGGGAGAUGUGUCUACAGUGAGGGCAACGGUACAAAGUCUCAAACAUGUGCCUGCAAUGAGGGAUUUCUGAAAAAUGCUUCAUUUUGUUUACCAGUUAACAAAAAGCUUUUUGAGACUUGCGAAGUAAAUGAUCAGUGUAAUGGAACGUUGGGUUUGGGGAUAUGCAGAACAGUUGGUGAUAGAAAGGUGUGUGUCUGUGGAUCUCAAUACAUAGAGAACAUGGCUUCCUUAACAUGUCACAAAGUUGGGAAGGAUAUAUUUGAGACGUGCACACUGAAUGCCCAAUGCACUAGGACGAAAAAUGCAGAUGUGUGCAAAUACAAAACAGAGACACAAGCUAACAGCUGUGCUUGCAGGGAUGGAUUUGAAUGGGUGAAUGCAUCAUGUGUACCAAUUGGUAGACAGUUACUUGAAACCUGUGAGUAUGAUUUGCAAUGUAACGGGACUGCAAAUGCAACUGUGUGUGGAUUAUUUGGAAACAGAUCACUAUGCUUUUGCGAUAAAGGCAUGCUUGAUUUUAAUGGGGCGUGUAUCGAAGCUGGUAAAUACCUUGGUGAAUCAUGUGAAAUUGACAGACAGUGUACAGAAACACUAUAUGCUGGUGUUUGUGGUGAAAAUAGUUCGUGUUCCUGCGAUAACGGGUUCAUCAGAGAAGACAAAGACUGUAUUAGAGUUGGUAGACAGUUACUUGAAUCCUGUGAAUAUGAUUUGCAAUGUAAUGGGACUACGAAUGCAACUGUGUGUGGAUUGUUUGGAAACAGAUCACUAUGCUUUUGCAAUGAAGGCAUGCUUGAGUUUAAUGGGACGUGUAUCGCAGUUGGUAAAGGUCUUGGUGAACCAUGUGAAAUUGACAGACAGUGUACAGAAACACUACAUGCUGGUGUUUGUGGUGAAAAUAGUUCGUGUUCCUGCGAUGGCGGCUUCAUCACAGAAGAUAAGGGCUGUAUUAGAGGUGGAUGGAAUCAAGAUAUGAUAUAUCAAUUCAUGUUGUUCGGAGCAGGCGGACUUCUGUUUGGAAUAUUUUGUUUGAUUGGUAUAAUUAUAUGUAAAUGUAGAAGAAACCCAUUAUCCAAAAGUGGAAGGUUUGUGGUACAGACAGAUCAAGAACCCAGCAACCGUCAAUCCAUUCUGUAUGCCGUGCCCAGCGACAUUGGGAAUCAUGUGGGACCUUCAACGCCUGUUCACAAAGAGACCCAGAGAGUAGCAAAUUACUCGUACAAUCACCUCCACGAACCAGAGGAACAGAAAAAAGACAAUGUGUAUUCUGAGCAGGACUCUUGUGAUGACGUGUACAACCACCUACAUGAAAAGGAUGCCCCAUUGUGUGAAGGCGUGUAUGACGUCACAGAAAAUGUCUUUAAUGACAUGACACACAGUUCUGAUGAUAACCCUGAAUCUGUUGGUCUCUAUGAUUUUGCUGAACCUAUAAAUGCUAACAUGUGUUAAAGAUACAGCAUGUGCACGGGAACCUUUGACGUUUUUUCAACAAGAUACCCAAAGGUUAGCAAAUUACACAUACAAUCACCUCAACGAACCAGUGGAAAAGGAAGAUAAUGCGUUCUCUCAGCAAAUGUUUGUAGAGCAGGGUCCUUAUGAUGACGUGUACAACCACCUUCAUGAAAAGGAAGCACCAUUGUGUCAUGGCGUGUAUGACGUCGUGGAAAAUGUCUCUAAACGCAUGUCCAGAGUUCUGAUGAUGAACACAAAUCAGUUGAUUUCUAUGAUUUUACUGAACCUGAAUGAAAGCACGCUCUAAAUUUGGGAUAGUUACAUCUGUAAAGCUUUCAUAUAUUGUAUAACUUCAUUUUGACAAUUCUUCAAUGUUUGGAAUGUAAAACAAAUAAAUAUGUACGUUGAAGAACUUCUCGAAUGUCAAAUAUGGAUGUUGAAGCAGAAUAUGGUUCGAUAUAUAACGAUGGUUUUCUGGGACGAAGGUUGAUGCAUGUUUACAUACCAAGAGACACCAUACUGAAUCAUAUACACGUUGGUACUUAAAACAGUUAAACCAAUGCUCUAAUAUCUCAUCAACACCCUUGCAAUUGUAUCGUGUUAUCCUUGCAAACGUUCCAAUCUUAAAAGUGCAGCAGCUGUAGUGAGUGAAAUUUUAAAGUGCAUACUAAAUUUCUUUCUGAUUUAUUCCCAUCGUUAUGUGUGUUAUAUGUGUUUGUGAUUAAUGGUAAACUAUUAAAUUUCACAUUCC